CCUUAGGUCUAUUCAGUUGGAGACAUUCUGUUAGUAGGAAGGUAAACAGUGAAGCUGUGACUGUGUGCAUGUUUGGUUUAUAGAUCAUUGCUCUAGAUAGGUUUCAGUCAGUUGACAGGUGACUAAGGUGGGAGUGGAGAAAACUGAACACUGUGUGUGUAUGUUGAUAUUCAAGUAACUGUUGACUGAGCUUUCAAAAUGAACUUCCUUUCGAAGCGGAACCAUAAAAGCAAGACAGAGAGGAAUGGAGCUGAUGCUGACGGGAACCAAGUAAUGCAACACUUACAAGCAGGAACCAAGUUCCUCAAAAUACGAGAGAACAGUUGCAAGACGUAUAAUCGGACGUUCGUCUUGAGCGAUGAUGGGCUGGUUCUGGAGUAUCACCCAUCAAAGAAAACAGCUUCUAGAUUUAAGAUACCUGUGACAGACAUCCAUGAGAUACGCACAGGCCAUGAGACGGACACCUUCAAGAACAGCAAAGUGAAAAACAAGUAUAAGAAAGAGAAUUGUUUCUCACUGAUCGUGGGAGCGGAAAACCACACCAUCAAUUUAGUUGCUGGGAAUCGAGAUGAAGCAAGAUUGUGGGUCCAAGGGCUCGGAUGGGCACAGAAGAAAGCACAGAAUGUUGACGUCAAAGCCAAACAGGCCUCCUGGAUCAAGGAGGCAUUUGAGAAGGCUGAUCGAAACCAGGAUGGCUCAGUAGACUUUGAGGAGUGCAUGAAACUACUCAAGAAGAUGAAUAUUAAGAUGGAUAAGAGCCACGCUAAGGUGUUAUUUGAGAAAGCAGAUGUCCAGACCCACACCGAUGCCAAAGGUAAAACUGUCACCCAAGCCUUAGAUGCGGAUGAGUUUGUCAAUUUCUACCGAUUGGUUACAAGGAGGCCGGAGCUUGUCAAAGUCUUCAAAGAAUAUUCAGGGGAAGAUGAUUACUGGACCGUUGCGGAAUUUGUGCAAUUUAUGCAUGAAGAAAUGAAGCGGUUACAGGUGAAACCUCAGUGGUGCAAAGAAAUCAUUGACAAGUAUGAACCGACCCAGGAAUGCAGACAACGUAAUAUUCUUAGCUUCGAUGGUUUCCAGAUGUUCAUGAAGGGACCCAAUGGCAUGCUGUUUAAUCCACAUCAUGGCACUGUAUAUCAAGAUAUGAAACAGCCUUUUGCACACUACUUUAUCAACUCUUCACACAACACUUAUUUGAUGAAAGAUCAGUUGAGAGGACCCAGUAGUACCGAGGCCUACGUUCGUGCUUUACAGAGAGGCUGCAGAUGUGUUGAAUUGGAUUGUUGGGACGGCCAUGACAAGGAGCCUGUAGUUUACCACGGCCACACCCUUACCUCUAAGAUCAAGUUUAGAGACGCCAUUGAAGCUAUUGAGAAGUAUGCCUUCAAGACAUCAGAAUACCCAUUGAUCUUGUCUAUUGAGAAUCACUGCAGCAUCCCACAGCAGAAAGUUAUGGCUAAACAACUUAAGAUUGUCUUUGGAGAUAAACUCUACUUACAAGACAUCACGGAAGACCAAACCGCUCUACCGUCCCCGGAUGAAUUAAAAGGCAAAGUAAUCAUUAAGAACAAGAAACUUCCCCCACCAGUGGAUGCUGCAGCAGCAGAUGAUGGUGAUGUCAGUGAUGAAGAUGAAGCGGCUGAAUUGGAGUCUAGUGAUGCUGAUAUCCAAGCAGAGAUUGCUAGAAAAGAGAAGAAGGUCUCCAAAAAAGAAGGACAGAUUUCCAGACUGAAUGGUUUUUCCAUCUCCGGGAUUGAGGCUAAAUUGAAGCUUGCCAGAGAGAUCUCUAAUCUUGUCAAUGUUUGUAAGAGCGUUCACUUCAAGAGUUUCCAACACUCCAAGGAACAUCAUAAGUGCAAUGAGAUGGUGUCACUCGGAGAGAGCAAAGCUUUUGACCUGGCUAAAGGUAGUGGUCAAGAAAUGGCCGAACACAACACUCGCUUCUUGACCAGGAUCUACCCUGCUGGCCGCAGGACAAACUCCUCUAAUUACAACCCUAUGAAGAUGUGGACUGUAGGCUCACAGAUCGUUGCCCUGAACUUCCAAACACCAUGUGAGGAGCUUAGUCUGAAUCUAGGAAAGUUCCAACAGAAUGGCAACUGUGGAUUCAUUCUUAAACCAGUCUUCCUUCGCAAAGCCAACAUGCAGUUCAACCCUGACAGCCCAGGGGACCAGUACACACAGAAACUUACACUGAGGAUUAUUAGUGCUCAACAGCUUCCCAAGCCAUCUCGAGAGGUCAUUGACCCCUAUGUUGAGGUCACUGUCCUGGAUGUAAAUGCAGAAUAUGAAGAAAAGACAGAAGUGAUUGAGAAUAACGGUUUCAACCCAGAAUGGAAUCACAUCAUGGAGUUCGAGAUCAAAUCUCCUGAGCUGGCCAUGUUGCGAUUUGUUGUCAACGAUCGAGACAGAUUGAAGGAUGAUUUCAUUGCUCAUUAUGUCAUCCCUAUUGCCAGCAUGCAACUCGGAUACCAUCAUGUGCCACUGUUUAACAUGGAAGGAGAUGAUUUGGAACCAGCUACGCUGUUUGUUCACACUCUGAUGUCUGCUCCAUAGAUAUCUAUCAAUCAGUUUCAGGACGACAGGUCAGUGUAUCAAUGUCUAGUUCCAAUCUUCAAUUGAAGGAUCUCAAAUAAUUACAUACAAAUGAUAUUGGCUGGUUCGUCUAAACGAGAGCAGCGUUCACUGUUUGAAUCGUCAAGAACAAACCAACAGUGUUUUUUCUUCAAGCCCAAACACUCCUUACAAAACAACAAAGAUUUCACAUCGUUGUACAGCACUAAUAACCGGAAAGAUUGAACACAUCAAACAGCAUUCCUGUGAAGGAUGAAAUGCUUGUUUGAUUGUUUCAAAACACAUCUACAAGAGCCACUCCACAUAGCUUGAGGUGGAAUGUAGCAGCUCAACUUACACCAGUGUCUCACUUAGGUUUGCAACAACACCAUGUAAUUAUGAGAAGCUCUAAUUGAAGGUCGUAAAAUAGUAACACUGACAGUGUACCCAAGACUGGAGACGGGAUUUACUUGAGCCAAUCACAAGUAUGAAGCAAAGGUUGAAUAACAGAACUGGGAUUUGAUUAAUUGCUUGAUAGAUGUAGAGUGGAUCACCUUCUGUGUGUCUCUGUGGUUUGCCGUUAGUGUUUGUGUGGAGUUUGAUCCAGAUAAGAAGCUUUAUCAUUCCAUUGAGGGGACAUUCAAGAUGACUUGUGGGGCACAAAAAGGAACAUAUUAGGAAUAAAUAAUUCCACAUCAAGUGCUUCUUCAACAAAUAAUUUUAUCAUAAAGGUAUAUAGGGACUUGUGUUUGUGCCAGUGGGUUUUAUUUGUAGGCUAUUUUGUCUGAUGUAACAUUUUUAAAGAAAUUAAGCCCUUGUUUAUUUUGAAAGGUUUAAUGGAAUUUGUAAUGUGGAUUUUAUUUUUGUUUUAAGGAACUUUUUAAAUGAGUGAUUUUAGGGACUGGGUCUGAAAGAGGGGUCGUAAAACCAGUGGGGGGGGGGGAGGGUGGUGUUUCUGCGCAUUUAUACUGGAACAACCUAAACAUGCCCAUGUUAAAUUAAUCCUUCACACUUGAUCCUGAAGAUUAAGCAUGAAAAGGCUAUUGAUAUAUUUGCCUUGCAGCACUUACAAAACUCAUUUGAUACAUCAGUUUCAAAUUACUUCAAAAAAACAAAAUUAUUAGUGAUAUUUUUAAGAACUCAUUUCACUCCUAGGUAAGGAGAAUAAGGUCGUAUACUUAUAUAAAGCAUUUUUACCAAUCAUGAAUUGUGCAAUUUUUGAUACAGUUUUUAACAACUACAUUUUUUAACUUAACACAAAACCAACUCUGCAAAUUUAUGAAUUAAACAUCUUCAUCUUUUUUUAUUAUUAUAUUUUAUUACUUAAAAGUAGGUGGAAUAGCAAUAUUUAGAAAUUGUUUUUGUAACUAAAUAUAAUAAUGACAAUUUGUAGUGAUCAGAAGCAACACUCUCGUCUUGAGUUGUGACCUUGGCCUUAAAUUCAAAUGAUAAAAAUUGUCAUUGGUUUAUUAGUUUGUGACUUUUGCAGACACUAGGUGGCAGCAGACACGCUGGGUUAAUAAUCCAUUAUGCUCAAUUUGAUCUAUCUAAACAAUGAUACAUUAAUAACCUAUCGUGCCCAAAUACCACUCAAUCAAUACACACAGCUACCUCUGAUAAAGUCACACUUCAAGCGAUCAAAUCAUUUAUUUUUGUAUCAACAUUUUUUGCUGAGAUAUAUUAGAGAGAGAAGUUGAAAUUUGUGUUGAAGAUUGAGUAACACAAAUUACAGAGCAUAAUUUAAAAUGUAAGUAUAUUGUAAAGGGUGGUUUAAUUUACAGUAAUUUUUUUACAUUUUUGUUUUAUUGGUGUGUAUUAAGUGGUUAUGGUUAAGAAAUGUAUAGGUUUUUAUAAAGGCUUAUAUUUACAAGGUUAUCAUGUUGAAAAAUUCAUAUCUCAAUAUGCUGUAAACAUCGUUAAGGCAUGUUAUGCUGCCACUUUGCAUGUCAUGGGAGUUUGGGAUGUCAAAGAAAUGUUUCAUAUGGAAAACAGGAAAAACAUUUGUGUGCUGGGCUGUUUGUUUGUUCACGAUUUUACAAUUUAAAGAACCGUUACUAUAAAAGUUGUAUUACUGCUAAUGAGAAUAUAAAUUAUUUUCAACUGCAAACAAUAGCCAACAGUGAUCAAAUACAGAGGUGUUAAUUUAAUGAAGUAUCUUGAAAGAAUCUUACUAAAAUUUGUGGUAAAUUUUUUUAUUCAUUUUAAUUUAUAAAGAUAUUAUUAUAUACAUCCAAAAGGAAAAUGGAAUUUUAGCAAAAGAACAAAGCCCAUCAUGUAUGAAAUUUGGAAGUGGAAAAGUUGCACUAGAUUAUUUUGUCAACUUUGAUCGUUCAAAAGUUGAUCAAUCAGUGACUUUCAAAAUAUUGAAAGUAUAAAUAAGGAGUGAAUAUUCACUGAAAAUUCAUUUAGUUUGCAUCAUCCAUAGUGUGUGGCUGUGGGGUUUUUGCAGUUUGAGUUGUGUUACUGUGCAGUGUACAUUUAAGCCAAUAUCAUAUCUCUACAUAACAUUGGUUUUCUAAAAUGGCAGACAAUGGACAGAUUGUGGUCGCUUUUUGUAUCAGCGUCCUGAUCUAGCUACAUUGUUCUUGAUAUUAUUAUUAUGUAUUCAAAACAAGUAUUUAACAAUGGGGUGGAUAAUUUCACUUCCUUGUUUAUAUCAUUCCCAAAAUACCACAUUGCAAAAGCAGGUAACCAGGACCAAUUAAGUGUGAUUAUGAACUUCGCAAGCAGAUAAAUUGAUUCUGCAGUAUUUUCAGCAGUAUUUGCAACUAAGCAGUAUUUGCAGCUAAGCAGUAUUUGCAGCUAAGCAGUAUUUUCAGCUAAGCAUUAUUUUCAGCAAGCAUUAUUUUCAGCAAGCAUUAUUUUCAGCUUAUCAGCAUUCUCCCAACUCCAAUCAGAGCAAACUGAUGGAAAUGGUGAGCUGUUUCCCGAUUCUUCUCAUAAGCAACACAAUUCAUACAAAGAUUGUUACCAAACAAAUGCAAAAUCAAUGUUUCAAAAUCCAAUAAAGGAAUUUGAUGGGAGACAGAGAUUUUAAACAAAACAAAUAUAUAUUUUUUUUAAGAUUCGUUGUCUUGCUAUUUUGAUGAAAUAAAUGUAUCUGCAGAGAAAAGAACAUUUGAGCUUUGAUCAAAUCUAGUAACAAUCCAACUUCCAAAUGGAUGAUAAAGGCUUUUUAUAUUAAGGCUAUUAAAAGUACAAUAAACAUGUAAUAAACUGCAUGAGCUAAUAAAACAAAGAAUGUAAUAUUACAAUAAAGGACCAUACUUAAACCUACUUAAUAAAGACAGAAAAAUUGUUUAAAAUACUUGA